GCCAUAAUUUAACUAACGCAGACACACAAGCACAAAGGUCUUUCUCUCCGAACAAACCGGUCGGGUGAGCAUGCAAAGACCAACGUGCUAAUAGGCAAAGGUUUCUGCUCUUGUUGCUUUUUUCAUGCUUGCCAACCCACUUCCUAGGUACAAAGAAAACUUGAUAUCCUAAUGAUUCAAAAGUUGAAAGCUGGUUAUAUGGGAGCCAUGUGAAAAACAGUGGGUAGCCAAACCUUUUUACAAUGAUUUAGCUUCUCUUUUCUAUCACUUAUCUUCUCUUGCCAUUUCUACAAAAGUCAAGUUUUCAUCAUUUAAUCAAGUUUACUAUUUCUGAAGAAUUAGCAAAUUUCAAUCUUCCUGAUCCACCUCCUUCACACAAACACAACGCAGCUUCAGAGGUUCCCAUAUAUAGCAAAGUGGGAAGAGAGAGAGAGGGAGAUAGGUAGCGAUGGAGCAAUCAGAAAAAAUAGCGAAGAAAGUAUCAUCAGCGAGAACAUCAUUUCCGAGAGAUCCACGUGGCUCACUCGAAGUGUUCAACCCAACCGCCACCUCAACCAACGCGCGCGUGCGUUCGCCGCCCCUUUGGAAAUCCUGGACCGACUCCGAAGAGCCGCGAUCCACUAUGCUUGUAACGUGGGUUUGGGGUAUAACUUCUCAACCGCUCAGGGCCAUCACUCCGCCCGCCGGAGAAUGCGGCGCCGCCGCACAGAGAGCCGCCGAGUGGGGCCUCGUGCUCCGCACCGACACCGAGACUGGCAAGCCGCAGGGCGUCGCUGCCCGGAACUCCGGCGGCGAGGAACCCAACGCCAAACUCGCCGCCUCUUCCAGAAGGAACUCUCAGAACUCCAGCAGAACCUCCGGCGAGUCUUCCGACGGAGGCGGCGGCGGCGGUGGGAUUCCGAGAGUUUCGGAGGACGUGAUGGGCGCGUUGUCGGCUUUCCAACAAACUUUCGUGGUUUCGGAUGCUACCAAACCCGAUUACCCGAUCCUCUAUGCAAGUGCCGGUUUUUUUAAAAUGACGGGCUAUACGUCCAAGGAAGUUAUCGGAAGAAACUGUCGGUUUUUACAGGGCGCGGACACGGAUCCCAAUGAAGUGGCAAAGAUAAGGGAAGCAUUGGAAGCGGGGAAAAUUUACUGCGGAAGGCUUCUAAAUUACAAGAAAGAUGGAACACCUUUCUGGAACCUUCUCACUAUUUCACCCAUUAAGGAUGACGAUGGCAAAGUGCUCAAAUUCAUUGGAAUGCAAGUGGAGGUUAGCAAGCAUACAGAGGGGUCCAAGGAGAAGGUGCUACGUCCCAAUGGAUUGCCCGGAUCCUUGAUUCGAUACGAUGCUCGUCAGAAAGAGAAGGCUACAAGUUCAGUAUCUGAGUUGGUUCAAGCCAUUAAGCGUCCUCGAGCAUUAAGUGAAUCAGCGAGUCGUCCCUCUGUCAGAAAAUCAGGAUAUACUCAGGAAGAAAAAAUAGAAGAAGAAGAUGAAGAGAAAGCAGGACAAACAUUAAGAAGAAAAUCUGAGAGUGGGACUUCAUUUGGACGAAAAUUAGAAGAAGGAAAUAAAAUUUCAAUGCAACGAACUAGUGAGCCACCUGAAAAUAAACACAAAAGUUCUCAUCGUCGUUCUUUCAUGGGGUUCAGGAGGAAAAGUCAAUCCAAUGAUGAAAGCAUGAAUAAUGAAGUUAUUGAGGAUGUUAGCUCUGAGAGUGAGGAUGAUGAGAGGCCUGAUAGUUUUGAGUUAGAUGACAAAGAAAAGCAGAGAGAAAAGCGAAAAGGCCUUGAUCUUGCUACCACACUUGAACGUAUUGAGAAAAACUUUGUCAUUACUGAUCCAAGGCUUCCUGACAAUCCAAUAAUAUUCGCAUCAGAUAGCUUCUUGGAGCUUACAGAAUAUAGUCGUGAAGAAAUCUUGGGAAGGAAUUGCAGGUUUCUACAAGGACCUGAAACUGAUCGUGCAACUGUGAGAAAAAUCCGAGAGGCGAUUGAUAGCCAAACAGAAGUUACUGUGCAACUAAUUAAUUAUACAAAGAGUGGAAAGAAGUUUUGGAACCUGUUUCAUUUGCAACCCAUGCGUGAUCAGAAGGGGGAAGUGCAGUAUUUUAUUGGUGUUCAACUAGAUGGUAGUCAACAUGUAGAGCCUCUUCACAAUUGCAUCGCAGAAGAUACUGCAAAGGAAGGAGAACAAUUGGUCAAACAAACAGCAGAAAAUGUUGAUGAAGCAGUGAGAGAUCUUCCGGAUGCAAAUAUGAAACCAGACGAUUUAUGGUUAAAUCAUUCAAAAGUAGUUUACCCCAAACCUCAUAGGAAGGAUGAUCCUGCUUGGAGAGCUAUCCAAAAGGUUUUGGAAAGUGGAGAACAAAUAGGCUUAAAGCACUUUAGGCCAAUUAAACCAUUGGGCUCAGGAGAUACUGGCAGUGUGCAUCUGGUGGAGCUAUGUGGAACUGGUCAAUAUUUUGCCAUGAAGGCUAUGGAUAAGGGUGUUAUGCUCAACCGCAACAAGGUGCAUAGAGCUUGUGCAGAAAGAGAAAUCCUUGACAAGUUGGACCACCCUUUUCUACCUGCAUUAUAUGCUUCCUUUCAGACCAAAACACACGUUUGUUUGAUAACUGAUUAUUUUCCUGGGGGAGAACUAUUUCUGCUUCUUGACCGUCAACCAACUAAGGUUCUCAAGGAAGACGCUGUGAGAUUUUAUGCAGCUGAGGUAGUGAUUGCAUUGGAGUACCUUCAUUGCCAAGGGAUAAUAUAUCGAGAUUUGAAGCCAGAAAAUGUUUUAAUCCAAAGCAAUGGGCACGUGUCUCUAACAGAUUUCGAUUUGUCAUGUUUAACAUCUAGCAAACCACAGCUUAUAAUUCCAACUAUCAAUUCAAAGAAGAAAAAGAAGAAACAACUGAAAAGUCAAGAGGUUCCAAUGUUUAUGGCUGAACCAAUGAGAGCAUCAAAUUCUUUUGUUGGGACGGAAGAGUACAUAGCUCCGGAAAUUGUAAGUGGUUCAGGUCAUACUAGUGCUGUGGAUUGGUGGGCUCUAGGUAUUCUAAUAUAUGAAAUGCUUUAUGGGUACACACCAUUUCGGGGGAAGACAAGACAAAAAACAUUUGCAAAUAUUCUUCACAAGGAUCUUAAGUUUCCCAAAAGUAAGCCGGUAAGUCUCCAAACAAAACAACUAAUUUACUGGUUAUUGCAAAGAGAUCCCAAAGACAGAUUGGGUUCACGUGAAGGAGCAAAUGAAAUUAAACGUCAUCCUUUUUUUCGAGGUGUCAAUUGGGCACUAGUUCGUUGCAUGCAACCUCCUGAGCUUGAUGCCCCGCUCUUACUAACAACUGAAGAAGAAGAAGAAAAAAAAGUCAAAGAUACAAAUCCUGAACUAGAGGAUCUACAAACAAAUGUUUUUUGAAAAGAAUUAGAGGAUGAAGGCAUAUGGCAUUCACGAAACACAUGAUGAAUUCUUUGCGAUUUUGAAUAAUUAAUGGUAUUUCAAUCUCUUGCUCAGAGGUGCAAAGUUUGAUUGUGUUCAUUGUAAUUUAUAUGAAUGGAAGGAUCUAUAAUAAGAUUUUAGAUUUAAUGCUACUUAUGCUAAGCCUUCGGGUUAGAGAUUAGGGAUUGGGACUAUCAAGCAAUUAGUCUAGUGUGAAAAUAUGUGUAUAUUUCUAUAAUAAUAUUUUGAGCUAAGUAAAAUAUGUCAUGUAGUAUUUAAAAAUUAAAUAUGCGUUGUUAAACAUAUUUUUGAAAACUUCCACAUUUGGAGUUGAUA